CAAAGGAUAACACUUUGAUGAAGCUCAGAUAACCGUACAUAAUAUGCAGUCAGCAUCAACAACCUUGUACCAACUUCCCAGUCUCCGGGGAAAGUUUCAAACUUUGUUAUCAAAAGCUCAACUUUUUCCAGUGAGCUAUUUUUGCAGACCAAGAACAAGGCCUUCAGUUUCUGGGUCGGGGAUGAGAUCAGUGAUUGCCUUAAGUGGUUCUUCUUCUUCGUAUGCAGUUGAUGAUGGGUUUGUUACACUGAUCGAAUAUGUGGGCAAAAGAGGAAUAAAUGUGGAAGAUGGUUUGGUGGUGUUGCUCGAUCACAUACAAUAUGCUUGCAAGAGAAUUGCAACUCUUGUGGCUUCUCCUUUCAAUUCCAGCCUUGGCAAGCAAGAGGGUAUUGGUGCUGCUGCUGGUUCAGAUAGGGAUGCUCCUAAGCCUCUUGAUAUUGUCUCGAAUGAAAUUAUCUUAUCAUCACUCCAAAAGUCUGGAAAAGUUGCUGUUAUGGCUUCGGAAGAAAACGAUGCACCAAUUUGGAUAAGUGACGAUGGUCCAUACGUGGUGGUAACAGAUCCCCUUGAUGGUUCACGAAACAUUGAUGCAUCAAUUCCAACUGGUACAAUCUUUGGUAUUUAUAAGCGCCUUGAGGAACUAGAUGAUCUACCCACUGAGGAGAAAGCUAUGCUGAAUUCGCUCCAAAGUGGAAGUAGGCUGGUUGCUGCUGGAUAUGUUUUAUAUUCAUCUGCAACUAUACUGUGUACCACCUUUGGUUCCGGAUCUCAGACAUUCACUCUUGAUCAUUCAACAGGAGACUUUAUCCUCACGAAUCCAAGCAUCGAAAUUCCUCGCCGUGGGCAAAUUUAUUCGGUGAAUGAUGCUCGGUAUUUUGAUUGGCCUGAAGGAUUAAGGCGGUAUAUAGACACAAUUAGACAAGGAAAAGGUAAAUAUCCAAAGAAGUAUUCAGCUAGGUAUAUAUGUUCCCUGGUGGCUGAUCUCCACCGAACUUUGAUGUAUGGGGGCGUGGCGAUGAAUCCGAGGGAUCAUCUCCGGCUUGUGUACGAAGCAAACCCUCUUAGUUUCAUUGUAGAGCAGGCUGGUGGAAGAGGAUCUGAUGGCAAAAAUAGAAUUCUUUCCCUUCAACCAGUUAAAUUGCACCAAAGGCUUCCUCUAUUCUUGGGGAGUUUGGAGGAUAUGGAAGAGCUAGAAAGUUAUGACGAUGUUCAACAAAGAGUGAAUCCAGGUUAUGAGGUUUGAUAAUGUGGCACAAAAGUUUUCAACAUUGGUGUAAAUCCGAUCUGCUUCAGGAAUUGUGAUGCAAAUAUAUUUUUCCCUUCUCUUGCUAUUCACUUUUCUUGACUCUGCUUC